UCAGGUCCCUCGAGCUCCUGCUGUUGAUCCCCUUCAGCUGACGUCAGGAGAAAUGGCGGACCAGGAUGGCAGCGACGCAUCUCCUCCAGAGUCCCAAGCGUCUUAUUCUCAAUAUAAAUCAGAGGAUGGAAGAACAUCUACAGCCACCCGCCCCAGCUCUGCGGGCUCCGGGCAAGCAUACACUCCCACCCUGACCCCCAACACCACUCCUACCCUGACCCACACAACAACCAGCAACAGCCCCAGCAACAAUACCGCCACCAAAACAGACUCCUUGCUUUUCAACAAGAUUGACGAGAGACAGAGGUUAGCCCGUGAGCGCCGUGGGGAGCGUGAGAAACAGAAUGCUGAAAAGGAGGCCCAGUGGCAGGCACGCGAGGAGCGGGCCAGGCAGCACUAUGAGAAGCACCUGGAGGAGAGGAGGAGAAAGUUGGAGGAGCAGAGGGUGAAGGAGGAUAAGAGACGGGCUGCCGUCGAGGAAAAACGACGGCAGAAAAUGGAGGAGGACAAGGUUCGUCAUGAGGCGGUGAUUCGUCGGACGCUGGAGAGGAGCCAGAGAACCAAACAGAAGACCAACCGAUGGUCUUGGGGAGGGACACUGCACCCAAACAUUACCAGCACACCAGCCGAUGCUGACAGGCGGUCGGUGUCCACAAUGAAUUUAUCCAAACACACGGACCCUGUCAUUUCCAAACGUCUCUCCUCCUCCUCUGCCACACUUAUUCACUCUCCAGACAGAGGCUUACACAUGAGAACAGCCUCCUCUCCAGUUAUUAGCAAAGCUCAGUCCAAGCCCCGCCUACACCAUGGGAAGACGCCCCAGCAUAAAAACACAGGCCUCCGCCGUCUUCCUUUGACGACAUGGGAGAGCAAUGUGGUGAACCGCCUGCAGCAGCCAACACACUCCUACUUGGCUCGUAGCCGCAGUGCCAUGAGUCUGUCUGGAGAGCAAACAGCCAUGCCUGUGUGUCCUCGCUCAGUGUCCUGCCACCCCAUGGGCUCCAUGUCCUUCAAGGCCCUGCAGGCCCAGCCUCUUCCUCACUGCCGCAGCCAUGACAGGAGCCUCAGCAGGGAGACAGCCUCGUCCUCCUCCAAGACAAUUCGCAGGAGGACCACCGGCACCACACAGCAGAAGGACCGUGACCAUGUCAGGAAGUCAUGGAGCAACCUGUCACUCCCACUGGCUCCCAUUCUGAGUCUCCCCCCCAACAAGCGCUCCUCUUCUCUAGGCAAGAAGACCAGCAGAGUAGCACCCUCUUCUGGCAGGCAACUUCAAAAAUCAGCAGAGCGACCCCCAACCCCCAAGCUGCUCAAGUCUCCUGGGCCAGAGGACCCUGGAAACUUGCGUCCUUUUAGGACCACACCUGAGAAUCCCCAUUCCACCAGAGAGCAAGAAGAAGAAGAAGAAGAAGAGGAGGAGGAAGAGCAGGUCCUUAGUCCUCUUCAGCCUCGACCUCAGCCUCUGGGUCAGAACAAGAGCAGCAGUGAGCAAUCACCACCACCAGCCAGGGAGAGUUUAAGCAGUCCUCCAGCUCACAGGCCCUCUGCAGGCACCACAGAUCCAGAGGAGGCGAGUCGUAUCCUGGCUGAGAAUCGUCGGCUGGCCAGAGAGCAGAGGGAGAGAGAGGAAGAGGAGCGCAAGCAACAGGAGGAGCAGGCCAGGUUAGCGAGAGAGGAGAUGGCUCGCCGUAAAGCUGAGGAGAGAGCAAAGAGAGAGGAGGAGGCUCAGCGUCAGGCCGAGGAGAUGAGAAGGAAGGAAGAGGAGGGGAGAAAGAUGGAGGAAGAGAGACUUGAGAAAGACAGAGAGGAGGCAGAGAAACUUCAGAAACAGGUCAGGAAAAGUAAACUAGUAGAACCAGCCCAGAAGUUUGUACAUCUGAAAGGAAACCAACUGUGUGUUUGUGUGUGUGUGUGUGUGUGUUUGUGUGUUAGAAAGAGGAGGAAGAGUCUCGACAGAGAGAGGAGGCAGAGCGAAUGAGGCAGGAGAGAGAGAAACACUUCCAGAAAGAGGAGGCAGAACGACUGGAGAGAAAAAAGCGUCUGGAGGAAUCAUGAAGAGAACAAGGCGUUCAGACACAGCGGAGAAGAGGGUUGUUCCUAGGAAUGGUGACAAUGCAGUGACCCCCGCCAGUCCAGGCCCUUCUACUUUGACUGUGUCGCCAGCACUCAGCAGCAACGGUCAGGAAGCUGACCCAAGCCCAAAGACCACCCCAUUAAGCCAAUCUGACCAGGGAGAGAACGGAGAGUUUGAAGAGGUUAUUGUACUGCCUUCACAUUCCAGGUUGUCUCCUCCUGAGGGAGAGGAGCAGCAGCAGCAACAGGAGGAGGAGAGACUUCCUGUCAUAGCCUUCAGGGAGAACGGUCUCCUAAAACCUCUGAGCGGAGUGGAGGAUAUAUCAGCCCAGCAGGGACCAGAUGUUGCUUGAGGCCCUUUCAGGACGAGAUGAUUCCGCACCCAGAGAGACAGGAAGUGAGGCGGCAAGAGAGGUAACAGACCUGUUGAAUCAAAAGGAGGGACUUGUAGCAUCGCAGUCGGAUCCUUCUAGAGGUUUACCUUCUCACCCUCCUGUGACAGAAGAGCACCGCAGCCAUUUCCCAAAGAAGCUGUCUCCAAAGCGUCUCCAGAGAGAAGAGUCCCUUUAAGCAUCUCCAGAGAGAACUUUGUUAUUCCUCUUCAAACUCUGAGGAGUUUGUCACAAGAUGGCGCCAUGCCAUCUUGUGACUCUUUAGAUGUGUGUUUGUGUGUGUGUGCGUGCGCAUGUCUGAGUGAAUGAGAGACAAAUAAUAAUGUAACUUGAGAUCAGCUGUUAAGUCUUCAGACAUGAUACUUGAAGAGAUUAUUUUGGCGCUGUAGAACUGUAACACAUUCACAAAAUCAGCAAUGUGACAUAAUAACUGGUACUCGCACAUCAGGUUCAGAGUUACAGGUUUCAUGCUCUCUGACUGGAACCUCAUAGUUCUUUUGUUUCAACAUUUCUAUUGAAAUGCAUCAGGUGAGAUGAUAUGAGUGCAUGAAGUUUAUCUGGACUACAUAAAAGUAUAAUGUAAUAUAUUUGGAUGAGUGUGGCAGGGGUGACAGAGCAUGAAGUUUAAUUUAAAUUAUGACAAAAUGAAAAACAUUGUUCUCAGAGAAAUGGGGUGUAAACUACUGAUUCUUUUACUUUUGUUUAAUUGCUGUACAGAUAAAUUGAUUCUUUGUUUUGUCCGCGGGCUGUCUUCACUUUUUGUUUUAACUGAAAGUAAAAACUGCUUUGACUUUAAGUAAUGCCCUUUAAUUUGUUUACCCCUUACAUUUCCCUAAUGCUGCAUCAUGUCACAGUUAUCUGAAAAGUGUUGGAAGUUAACUUUUCUUUUGGCCAGGAGAGUAAAUUUGCUGGUGGUGUUAAUUCUGUCAUAAUCUGGGUCAUUUGAUCUAUUCAAUGAAGGACACAAUAAAAAAAAAAAAAGCUGCUACUGUGAUGUUUUUUUGCCUUACAGCAUCAUAGAAAGACUGAGCCAUGAAGAUAUGCAUUCCCAGUGUGAGCUUUGGCAUAUUUGCUAGUGGCUUCCUUUCCUUAUUUAUUUAAAAGUUUUUAAAAGCAUCACUGUCUAUAAUAUUGGAGCAAUAAUGUUAAGAAUUCAAAAUUCAUACAGGGAUUUAACUGGAUAAACCAUUGCACUCCUGUGAUCUUCACAUGCAUCUUUGUCAUCUCCAAAUAAUGCUGCUCUCUUUGCGUUUUUUCCAGGAACCUUUUGCAUUUAUUUUAUUUUCAAGUCUUGCAGUUGCACCACGUAGAAGGAAACUUCAGAAAUAUUACCCAUGUUUGUCUUAAGGGCCUGUUUCUGUCAAUAGUGCACAGCAUGCUGUUAUCAACGUGCUAACUUGACUGAGUUUGUUAAAAGAACUUUAACAGAAGCUAAAUCGAUUGUAAAAAAUGAUACUUAGAUAUUCUAUGAAUUAUAUGUAAAAGUUGAUAUAUUUUACUAAGACUGACCACUAGUCUUUGAAAAGUAAUAAUCCCUUUACUUCAGAGGGUCUGUGGGAUGAAAUCUUUGAUUAACUGUCAAACUGAAAUUACUGAAAAACAGUUGCAGCAGUACGCUUGGGCCAGAAAAUAAAACCUUUUGACUUGA